GCUAAAAUAAUUAUUUUGAAAUCUGUCCUUGAUUCUUUGAACCUAUAUCAAAGAGUAUAAUCAGCUAGACGUCGUGUACGUACCGGAGCCACUAGAAGAUGACCAACGUCUUCACUAGAAAAUCCAAGUAUCCACGGGUCACGACUUUAGCUGACUAUAAUGGACAUGAAGCUAAAGAAGUUGCAAAAUUGCCGCGCUUACCAUCCGCAACUAGAGUGGGCAACCCCCACCCAGCAGGGUUGACUUAUCAGGCUCUAACAAGUGAUGUGAAAGUGAGCAUUUGGAAUCCAAAUUUUUACAAAUAUGAUCAGAGAGUACCAAAUAUGAUGGAACAUUUGGACCGUGUAAAUUUUUCAUGUGGUAAAUUGACGUAUGCUCCAAGAAGACUUGGCAAGAUGCCGAACAUAAAGUAUACAGAAUCAACUGUAUCUAGAGUCAGCUACCGUAAUCCUUAUUUACUACCAGCAUUAGACAGCAAGAUGAAAUCCACAAGAUAUGGUUAUACACCAAUCAGUCAACAGGCGAGAGGAAUAGUUCCUGACUUGUCACCACCUCGUUACAGAAUCAUUGAGCCAGCAAUAUAAUAAUAUACAGCAUGCCAUAGACUAAUCCUGUUGAUUUUGGCUUCAACAAUAAUUGAGGGACAUGUAUAUUUAUCCACCAUAGGACAAAAAAAAAAUAAGAACAUUUUUAUGUUGGUUUUAAAACCAUUGUUUUUAUUUGUUAGUUUCAUCAACAAUAAAUAAACAGUAACAAAAG